UAAGUUUAUUUUUUGCGAUUUAUUUGGGGGGGGGGGCCAAAGACCAAGCCUCGGCGAAACGGUUUACCCGAAACGCGGAUCUGCGGCAGUCUGUGAAUUUUCCCACACUCGUAAAACGUCGCAAAGGCAACAAUCUGAAACCGGCCGGGCAACCGACAGACGCCUGCCGAUUUUGUCAAUAAGGAACGAUUGUUUAGAUUCAACCGGGUACGAGGCAGUAAAACGAAACGAUCUGCAAACAGGUCCGUCUGUGUUCACGAAGCCUUUUCAACCAAUGAAGAGGUAAAGGCUUCUGCGGUUAGCCAAUGCGGAUCCACGACGAACGUGUCAACUAAUAUAAUUUUUACAUUUCUUCAUUAAAAACAGCGUAAUCGUUCGUUAAGAUCAGCCGUUAGGUUGGAUCGUUAAAAUACACAAGUGACUUUCUUUCGGAACGAAGAUUAUUUUUACCAUCUGUUUUAGCUUCUCCGAAUGUUUUUCUUACUUACACCUUCAGAAUGAUUUAAGGAACGCAAAACAGGGGCGCAGGAUUAACGCGUCGAAGACAAUUUUGGCUGUUUUUCGAAGAACAUUCCGAGGAUGUUCCAAAACGACCCAAGUACUUUUCGUUUGAAUAUGUGAACGAAAUCCGUCGGUUCCUUCCGCCGUCAAGACCGCGGUGAUUUGUUUCUUAAUAUUUCAAGAUGGAACCAGCCUCGAAGGACGGCAGUAGGAACGGUGUGCAAACAAAUAACCACGUUUCUUCCCUCGUCUCUUCAUCUCUCCCCACGUUUCAUCAUCAAAAGCUUCAGCUUCUCAUCUUUGAAAACACAGUUAAAAAUGUGGACAGUGGAGACAAUCGUACGUGUGGAUAUCACUUCAAAAAUAUCCUGGAAUUCUAAUCAACUGGAUGAACUAACAAACAAUAAUCAUGGGAUAAAAUUAACUAAUAAAGUUUCCAGAAGAAAGAUCAAUUUUCACUGUAUUCGGUAUAAGAAUACAAAUAUAUUUGAAUUAAAAAUAUUCUAUUAGCUAUAAAAUAUUAGUAAAGAAAGCUUUAAAUAUUAAUAUGUUAUUUAACAAAUUUGGUAGGUCUUCCUUUGGUUAUUCCUUUCAAUAUUGCACUGAUAAUUCAAUUACAUUAACGAAAUAUACGUUUUUCAAUUUUCAAUCUUCCAAAGUCAUUGCUCUGGAUAUUUUUCCAAAGUGAAAGUCACCCCGUCCGCGAGGGGAGCCCCAUCUCGAAGAGGAAGACAAGAGCGGUUCCAAGAAGCGGCACAGUUUCGGUAUAAUUACCGCAACUUUGUUUACGUAUCGGCUCGUUUACUGCCGGCCGUGGGUGUUGGGACAGCAUAUGUGUAAACAGCAAUAAAACAUGUACCACGGUCCCGGAUAGGUAACCCACGCCUCCCUCGCGUGGUUACGCGCAAACGGCAAUUCUCCGGAAAGCCGCGAUGGGCGGAGCUGGACCAUCCUCUAGUAGAUCCUCGUGUCAAAUUAAACACCCUUCGUUAGAGAAUUCCUCUAACCGACCGCAAAUCUUACUCAGUCCUCGACGAACCAGAAUCUGGACUACUUCGAUGCGGUUUAACGCUCUUCUCUCCAUCAAAGUUUUCCAUCGAUUCAUUUCAUUAAAAAUCGCACGUUUGCAAUAGAAGAAUACUGCUGGGAGCAUUUCAGUAAGAGAUUCUCCUAGAACGUGGGACCGGGAACAGCCCAAUUUAAACUAUGUUUGUUAAAGAGAUAGUGUCUGCGAUUAGUUUUGUUUAAUCCAUCAACAGUUUCAACGUAAGAGGAAAGAUGUAGAAUUACAUAGUGCAAGUGAAAUCAGAAUUUGCAACGUGAAUUUAAAUAUCGAGCGCAGUUACAAUGGAUUCGAAUGUCCAAGAUCAUCCCUGUAGCGUGUCCAAAGCGUACGGAUGUGACUUAUGGAGAAGCUAUGAAUUAUGGAAUAUGGAUGAAGUCUUUCCUACGAUGUGCCCUUUGCCAAGUUACUACAACCUGGUGCCCAGUAUGGUGAACUCGAGGAACGUACCCCUUUCGUGGGGCCUCCCUCUGAUGAGAUACAAGCCGCAGCCUCGUUACGAGAAACCACCGUACUCUUACAUAGCUCUGAUAGCCAUGGCUAUCAAUUCUUCGCCUAAACAAAGACUGACCUUGUCGGGCAUUUACAGAUUCAUUAUGGACAGGUUUCCUUACUACAGGGAGAAUCGUCAGGGAUGGCAGAAUAGUAUCAGACACAAUCUCAGCUUGAACGAUUGUUUUGUUAAGAUACCAAGAGACAAAGUGGUUGGUAACGGUAACGAGGAAGAUCAGGCUGGAAAAGGUAGCUACUGGACCUUAGACCCCUCUGCUAGUGGGAUGUUUGAACACGGUAAUUACAGAAGAAGAAGAAUGAGAAGACAACGAGGAAUCGUGCAAGGUAUCAUCGAAGCUUUUGACCAAUUUCAAGCACCAAGAAAGAAACGAGAAAGCAACUGAAAUGAUUGAGACAAAAGACAGCAAGGAUAACUCACGAAAUAUGAAAAAAUACAGUGAAUCAAUGUUCACUAUUGAAAAUAUACUACGAAAAUCUACGAAUUAGGUUUAACGCGUUAACAUUUACUUCGACAAGAUUUAUAAUUUAU